UUCUGGUCGGUGUCCGGUACGAACAAAACCCGACGUCUUCGGCCACGGACAGCACAGUCGUGCCGGUGUGAACCAUCCUGGACGAUGCGGUUGCGUUGCUGCUACGUUUGGGUGUUGCUGGCAGUGGUCCUGCUACGAUCCGACAAGUGUGCGGCUGAUGAUUUUCCGUCGCUACUAUCCACCAACGCAUCCAUGGCAAUCAUUCUUGAUCGCGAGUACCUGGGCGCUGAGUACGAGAAAACGCUGGACGAAACGAAAAAUCUCGUCGAAAAGUUGAUACGGGAACAUCUGAAAAAUGGUGGCCUAAUCGUGAAGUACUACUCCUGGACCAGUAUCAAUCUAAAGCGAGAUUUUUCGGCCGUACUGUCGGUAUCGAGCUGCAAAAACACUUGGGAUAUUUACCAGGAAGCGGUACGCGAGCGACUUGUAAUGUUGAGCAUCACCGAUCCCGAUUGUCCACGACUUCCAGCCAACAAUGCUAUUAUGAUUCCUCGCAGCGAUGGAUCCAGUAAUGCGUUUGACGAGGUUUCGCAGAUCAUACUCGACAUGAAGAGUUCACGAGCGAUCGAUUGGCAUACAGCGACACUACUAUACGAUCAGGCUUAUGAUAACGAAAUCAGUCGCUGCAUACUAUCACUGCUGGAGGACCGUGAGGGCAUAAAGCCACUAACUUUGACCGAGUUUAAAAUUAACGCUCCAACGCACAGUUGGGAAAAGCGGAAAGAGAUCCGUAAAACGCUACUGGGCAUCCCGACCGCUUACACAGGAAGAAAUUUCAUCGCCAUUGUUAACAUGGCCACACUUACGCUUCUGAUGGAGAUCUCUAAGGACCUGAAGCUGGUGAAUCCUUUCUCUAAGUGGCUUUACCUGAUACCGAACACGGAAAAAGCUAGCAGUGACUUUAUUGCGUUCUCCACCAUUAUUAAUGAAGGAGAUAAUGUGGCGUUUGUGUACAAUAAUGCUAACAAAGGAAACAACUGUACCGUCAGUGUACUGUGCUACUUGGAGUCCUAUCUGCUUCAUUUCAUACGAAGUCUCUCGAAGUUGAUACGCGAGGAGCAGGUCGUGUUUGGGCAAAUCUCGGACGAGGAAUGGGAAAUCAUACGGCCGAGCAAGCAGGAGCGGAAGGCAAAGUUUUUAAAAAUGGUCAAGAGUGCUAUCACAUCGAAGGAUGAGUGUAACAAAUGCUCCCGAUGGAAGGUACAAUCCGCCGAAACGUGGGGUUACGUAUACAGGACGGACUUUAUUCCAGAUAGCAACGAUCUGCAGGAGCGGCGAAAGUACACGAUACUGGACAUUGGGUACUGGUCACCACAGGAUGGGUUUGUGUUGAGCGAUGCCUUGUUCCCCCAUUCGCAGUACGGGUUUCGUGGUGUGCAGCUCAUCUUCUACAGCUAUCAUAACCCACCGUGGCAGUUUGUGUCCUACAACGAAUCGGGUGCUCCAGUGAUCUCGAGCGGCGUGGUGUACGACAUACUGACGGAGCUUUCGCGGAAGCUUAACUUCACCUACACUAUGGUCAUCUCACAGCCGGCCGAACUUAAUGGAUCGUUCAUAGAAGGAAACACAUCAUCUGUCUAUGAUCUGAAAACCAUUUCGUCCGAUAUCCCGCAAGAUAUAUUCAGCACGCUAGUUAGCAACAAGAUACUACUAGCUGCGAUUGGUGCGACUGUCAACGAGAAGCAGAAAAAGUUUGUCAGUUUCACCGAUCCGAUCAGCAUCCAGACUUACAGCUUCAUAAUCUCUCGUCCACGCGAGCUAAGCCGGGUGUUACUUUUCCUGUCGCCCUUUGGUCCUGACACCUGGUUAUGUCUAGCUACUGCCGUUGCCCUGAUGGGGCCUAUACUGUGCGUUAUCAAUAAGCUCAGUCCAUACUACGAGGUACACAACAAACCUACGGACAUCGGACUCGGCAAGGUGAACAACUGUUUCUGGUACAUCUAUGGAGCAUUGUUACAGCAAGGUGGUUUGUACCUGCCGUACGCAGAUAGUGGACGAAUAAUCAUCGGAACCUGGUGGCUUGUCGUACUGGUCAUCGUCACAACCUACUGUGGUAACUUGGUAGCGUUUUUAACGUUCCCCAAAAUUGAUAUCCCCGUCAAUCGAGUGAUGCAGCUGUUGCGCAACGAUCGUGGCAUGACCUGGAGCAUUCGCCGUGGUACCUUCCUGGAAGAGAUUCUAAUGGACUCUACCGAACCGAAGUACGUGCAGCUGUACAAAGGGAGCCAGAUAAUAACCGAACUGUCUGAUGACUUGGUGGAGCGUAUCGAGGCGGGCACACAUGUUCACAUCGACUGGAGAAACAAUUUGCGAUAUCUGAUGAAGCGCCAGUUUUUGCGCACGGACCGGUGUGACUUUGCGCUUAGCACGGACGAAUUUCUGGACGAACAGAUUGCGCUGGUGAUGCCGAAGGACAGUCCCUACCUGGAGCUGGUGAACGAGGAGAUUAAGCGUAUGCAUCAGUUUGGGUUCAUUCAGCGCUGGGUAGCGCAGUAUCUGCCGGCGAAGGAUAAGUGCAGUGGGACGGGUCGCGUGAUGGAUGUCCAGAACCACACAGUGAACAGUUCGGAUAUGGCCGGAUCGUACUGGAUACUGUUGCUGGGGUUCGCCAGUGGGUUGUUUGUGUUUGUGUGCGAGUUUGCCUUUAGCCGUUACCGGAAGUAUCGCGCAUCGAAGGUGGCUACCGUCGCGUACAGCAACUAAAAGCGUUUUUUUUUAAACUGUUGUAUGAUGCAUAGUGUUGUAUUCUUCAAGCAAUAAAGCAGAACGUACAGUACACGGA